AUGUCGAGUAGUACUGAUGAUGAACCGCCGGAGGAUCGCAUGAUGGAUAUCCAACCCACGCCCAGUGCGGGUGGUGUUUUUUCUUCUCGGGUAUCCCCGCGCAAGGCUCAUACAGGUGGGAACAAGACUACAGAUUCCAAAGAGAUGGACUUGGAGGUCGCAUCUAUCUCGGACGCGCCUGAGACGGAGGAAAGGGACUUCCACAGCAAGCAGGUAUUCAAAGGCUGGACACUGGCAUUGCUCGCAUAUCAAUCACUUGGAGUCAUCUAUGGUGAUAUUGGGACAAGCCCUUUGUAUGUCUUCUCGUCUACUUUCAGCAGCGAGCCGAGCUAUGAAGAUAUCCUCGGAGCCGUGUCGCUCAUCAUCUGGGCUCUCACUAUUAUGGUUACCAUCAAAUAUGUUUGCAUAGUACUCUGUGCAGAUGAUGAGGGUGAAGGAGGUACAUUUGCUAUAUACUCCCUCCUGUCACGAUAUGCUAAACUCGUCCGACACGAUCCUCGCCACACAAAUCUUGUGAAAAUGCAACGGCACAACACAGACGACCUGAAAACGCCGAAUAGGAUGACUCGCAAUGUCAUGGAGCGAAGCACGUUCAUCAAAUGGACACUCAAAAUCGUCGGCGCAUUUGGCGUUUCACUCAUUCUCGCAGAUGGAGUAUUAACACCUGCACAGUCUAUUCUUGGAGCAAUUCAAGGGAUUACUGUCGUGAACCCGAAUAUCUCCUCCUCCACCGUCGUCGGUGUAUCAUGUGCAAUCCUUGUCGUCGUCUUCAUUAUCCAGCCCCUUGGAACCAGCAAAAUUGCGAGCAGCUUUGCUCCAAUUGUUAUACUAUGGAUGGUCUUCAAUAUGUCGUUCGGGAUCUAUAACCUGGUCAAGUAUGAUGCGUCUAUAUUCAAAGCGUUCUCUCCCUACUUCGCGGGUUCGUUCUUGAUGCGAAAUGGGAGAGACGGAUGGCUGCAGCUGGGAGGAAUCUUGCUCGCCUUCACCGGUGUUGAGACAUUGUUCGCAGACCUGGGAGCAUUUAGCCAACGGGCAAUUCGAAUCUCUUGGCUCUUUUUCGUCUAUCCGUGCCUUCUACUAUCGUAUAUUGGCCAAGGCGCUUAUAUCAGUCGAGUGCCCAGUGCGUAUGCUAAUCCGUUUUACCUCUCUGUGCCACCUGGCAUGAUAUAUCCAAGCCUCGUGGUCGCAAUCCUGGCGUGUAUUGUCGCAAGUCAGGCCGUCAUCACUGGAUCGUUUCAGUUGCUUUCCCAAAUCAUGAAGUUAUCGUACUUCCCUCAGAUUCAAGUUUACCAUACUUCAAAGACUGUCCAUGGGCAAGUGUACAUUCCUCUCGCUAACUGGCUCAUGAUGAUUGGAAGUGUCAUUGUGACAGCCGUCUACAAUAACACCACUGCCCUCGGCGAAGCCUAUGGAGCAUGCGUUAUACUUGUCUCAUUCCUUACGACCUGCAUGGUGGCAGUUGUUGCACUUAUUGUGUGGAGGCUGCCCGUGAACUUGGUCCUUCCUGUGUUCCUGAUCUUCGCGCUUUGGGAUGGCAUGUUCCUCUCGGCUGCCUUGAGCAAGGUUCCACAUGGUGCAUGGUUCACGCUGAUGUUAGCUGCUGUUUUGACCUGUAUUUUUGUGCUCUGGCGGUACGGAAAAGAGGAGCAGUGGAAAGCAGAAGAGUCUGAUAAUAUACCUCUGUCGCGGACGACCGUGUUGAGAGAAAACAAACUCCUCCUGCAGAAUGGUUCAGAGAAUUCUACCAUUUCCCCGAUCAGCGGUCUGGGGAUAUUCUUCGACAAAUCUGGCAUGUCGGAUAACACGCCGAAUGUUUUCCUUCACUUCAUCCAAAAGUUCAGCGCUGCGCCUGAGGUGUCCGUUUUCCUUCACCUGCGACCCUUGUCCAUACCCACAAUCGCUCCAGACGAACGGUAUUCGGUCAAUCGUUGCUACACAUACGGCGUUGGCCCGAAGAAGCAAGCCAUACCUAAUUGCUAUAGGCUGAUCGUCCGCCAUGGAUAUACGGAUGAUAUAGUCACACCUGACCUUGGGAUCUUGGUUCACGAUCUAGUUCGGGGGUAUCUCAUCUCCCAAAAUAAUUCCUUAUCACUCUCUAGUGAUAAGGAAAAAUUGGAUGCACUUGAUCGGGCAUGGAACUCUCAGGUGAUUUACAUUGUCGGCAAAGAGCAAUUAAAGGUUCCGGCGGAGACGAACAUCGUUCGACGACUCUUCCUCUGGGCAUUCUUGUGGAUGCGAGACGCUAGCCGAACCAAGAUUCAGCACUUGAAUGUUGAGACUGACAGGGUGGUGGAGGUCGGCUUUGUGAAGAAAAUGUAA